AUGUCACCAUCACAAAAGAAGUCCUUCCUCCUCCUCGCCCUCGGAGCAGGAACCCUCUCCCUCUCAGUGGCAGCACAAGACUGCCCCGCCCCACCCGCUUCCUGCCCGCGUCCGACGAACCCAGCCGACCCAGCAUGCGCCUCCUUCCGCCUCUGCGACAAGAAUGCCACCGCAGCCAUGGAUUCCCUUUGCACGCAGAUGGACGCUAUGCCGGGAUGCAACCUAAGGAAGUUGUGUACGACCAGUCCGGGGAGUGUUCCGGAGCCAUACUGCAAACCCAUGUCGCUGUUGGCUGAUGUUUGUUCGGUGGAUAUGCCGAGGAUGUCGGAUUGCGCAACAUACGUAAACAUGUGCGGCAACAGCACCUCCGCCUCCACCUCCGUCAACGCCCAAUGCAAAGAACCCGCCUCCGCAGCCCUCCCCAACAUCCCCACCAGCAAGGCAGCCACCCAGAACAUCUACUCCAUCUGCCACGAGAUGAGCAUGCCUGGCUGUGAGGCCUGCUCGAUUACCUCGGCCACUGACACAUACCCCCGCGGCUCGUGCGACUUGAUGGGCACAUACGCGCUGCUGUGCAAGGCGAUGCCGGAUAUGAGGCAAUGUGCGGAUUGGAAGACUAUGUGUGCUGCUACGCCUAAUCUGGGCUGGUGCUCGUCCGCUAAUGGCGGUGAUGCUAAUAGCAAUGAUCCGCCUAUUAUGAGGAUGUUUUUCCACACCGGCUUCGUCGACUACGUCCUCUUCGAAACCUGGAUCCCGCGCACCAGCGGCCAAUACUUCGGCACCUGGCUCGCCGUCUUCCUCCUCGGCAUCUUCUACGAAGCCUGGAACACCUUCGUCGCAACCUACGAGUCCAAGCUCCUCCAACGCCACAAGGCCACCGACACCGUCUCCAAGACCGGUCUCGUACCGCCAAACACCGCCUCGCCCAUCGCUCGCCCUACGCAACAGGGCAAUGUCGUGCAGAGGAUUCAGAGAGCGGUUGUGAGAGGGUUGGCCAAGUUUGUGACGGUUACGGUGGCGUAUGCGCUCAUGUUGGUUGCCAUGACGUUUAACGUCGGGUUGUUCUUUGCGGUCGUGCUGGGGCUUGCGAUUGGCAGCGCCAUUUUCUCGGAAUGGACCAGGGCCGCUGUCGCGGCCGCUGUCAUGGAUCAGGCUGGGGGUGAAGAGUUGUGCUGUUGA